AUGCGCACUGCAGGAUGGCGGGCGGACAAGGUCGCUCUGAUCGGGGUGCUGUGCCGGCGCACGGCGGCGCAGCGGGCGGCGAUCCGGCGCGCCUACGCCUUCCUCUACCGGGAGCCUCUCCUCGACUGCUUCCGCUACAAGCUCUCCCGCCACUGCCUCCUCUCCGUUGAUUUCUGGGUAGAAAGCGAUGAUCCUGUGGACGAUGGAUCCGGCUGA